UUUGCAAGUCACUUCUUUAUGGGAGGCGAGAAGUUUGACACCCCUCACCCCGAGGGCUACCUUUUUGGCGAGAACAUGGAUCUAAACUUCCUUGGGAAUAGACCUGUUCAGUUUCCCUAUGUAACUCCAGCUCCACAUGAGCCAGUGAAGACACUGAGAAGCUUGGUGAAUAUCCGCAAAGACUCUCUCCGACUUGUGAGGUAUAAAGAUGAUGUUGACAGUCCUACUGAGGAGAAUGGGAAGCAGAAAGUCCUGUACAGCCUGGAGUUCACGUUUGAUGCGGAUGCCCGUGUUGCCAUCACAAUCUAUUGCCAGGCUACGGAAGAGUUUGUUGGUGGCAUGGCAGUAUACAGCACAAAGAAUUCCUCUCUGCAGUCGGAGACAGUGCAUUACAAGAGAGGGGUAAGCCAGCAAUUCUCCCUGCCUUCCUUCAAGAUUGAUUUCUCGGACUGGAAGGAUGAUGAGCUGAACUUUGACUUGGAUCGUGGCGUGUUCCCUGUGGUCAUCCGAGCGGUGGUGGAUGAAGGGGACGUGGUGGUUGAGGUGACGGGUCAUGCCCAUGUUCUUCUGGCUGCCUUUGAAAAGCACGUUGAUGGCAGUUUUUCCGUGAAGCCGUUAAAACAGAAGCAGAUCGUUGACCGGGUGAGCUAUCUACUUCAGGAGAUCUACGGCAUCGAGAACAAAAACAACCAAGAGACCAAGCCUUCAGAUGACGAGAACAGCGACAACAGCAACGAGUGUGUGGUUUGCCUGUCGGACCUCCGCGACACCCUCAUUCUGCCCUGCAGACACCUCUGUCUGUGCAAUUCCUGCGCCGACACCCUGCGCUACCAAGCCAACAACUGCCCUAUCUGCAGGCUGCCCUUCCGCGCCCUGCUGCAGAUCCGGGCUGUGAGGAAGAAGCCGGGGGCUCUGUCGCCAGUAUCGUUCAGCCCUGUCUUGGCACAGAGUGUCGACCAUGAUGAGCACUCUUGUCCCCUUAAACCCCUUAAAGUGAGCACUGUCUCCCUGCCCAGCAGGAAACCUAGAAGGGAAACAAGCUCUGACAACAUCCCUCCGGGCUACGAGCCCAUUUCCUUGCUGGAAGCGCUGAAUGGCCUUCGCUCUGUUUCCCCCUCCAUCCCGUCAGCUCCUCUGUAUGAAGAAAUCAACUACUCUGGCGUGGUGGAUGGGAUGCCCCCUGUGAGCCGACCGCUUGUCGGGAUGGACAGAGCCAUGGAGAGCAGCCACCAAAAGGGCAAGCGGAGCAAGUCUCCAGAUAGCACACUACGGUCUCCCUCAUCCCCAAUCCACGAGGAGGAUGAAGAGAAGCUCUCCGAGGACUCUGACUCGCAGCCAGCACUGAGCGGGGGCGAGCUGGUCCUGAGAGAGACCAGCUCUCCAGAAAGCGUGGCAGGGGAAGAGAUCGAGGAGGCCUCGUCCCUGCAGCAGGGUAGCCGCCCGCCCUCCGUCGAAGACGUCCUGCAGGACGGCAGCUGCAGCGAGCACAGGAGCCUGACGCAGUCAGACGGCGACCCUCCGGUAGACGUCUACCUGCCAGCACUGGGUCCCGAUUCCUGCUCUAUUGGUAUAGAGGAGUAA